AUGGUUUUUGCAGGUAGCCUUAGGGCGAAUAGCGUGUCUUGCGCUAAACAAUUACGCUCAAGUCACUCCCGAGCAUUACACAAGACCGCUCCACGAUUAUCACAGAGCUUGGGUACUCAGAUUGCUGCCAGGUUAGCUAGCCCAAGACAUUUUUCGACAUCUCUCGUUACCCCUGCUCGCUCAUCUCCUCUUCUAUCCUCCCCGCGCUGGUCAGGCAAUAACAAGCCCACCUCUCCAGCAUCGUCAGAACCCGAGAAUGACACGGCAGGAUCGAGUAGCCAGUCUGUCAAGCUUGAUGGCGCAGAUGACGAAAGUCCAGCAGGCUCAUCCGCCCAGUCAUCAUCCCCACCGUCUUCUUCCUCUGGUGGAGAUAAUGGCGACGGUUCCGAUCCACCACCACCAUCUCCACAACCGACACCCACUCCCAGCUCAAUAGCUAAACAAUCCGUACCAGAAGUCUAUCCCCAGGUUCUUGCUCUCCCAAUUGCACGACGUCCCCUCUUUCCCGGCUUUUACAAGGCUGUUGUCGUUCGCAAUCCAGCUGUCGUUGCUGCUAUCAAGGAGAUGAUGAAGCGAGGUCAACCCUAUCUCGGUGCUUUCUUGCUAAAGGACGAGCAUACGGAUAGCGAUGUCAUUACGGAUAUUAAUUCGGUUCAUCCGGUCGGUGUCUUUGCUCAGAUUACUAGCGUGUUUGCUGCGAACAGUGGUACUGGUGACGACAAGGAAGAGGGUCUCACUGCUGUUUUGUAUCCACACCGUAGAAUCAAGAUAACGGAACUAAUCAAGGCUGGUGAACAUACUAGUACUGCUAAAGUGCAGGAAGAGACGCAAACGGUUACCCCUCCUCCCACACCAACUGAAGGUGAUGUCGCGAACAUAUCACAAGGUCCUGUUCAAACCUCAUUUCUGCACAAGCAUGCUAUCUCCAUCGUUCAGGUAGACAACCUCGUAACACAACCAUACAAUAAAGACGACCAGUACAUUCGUGCCUUUAUGUCUGAAAUUGUUUCUGUCUUCAAGGACAUCGCCCAGCUUAACCCUCUCUUCCGCGACCAAAUUACCAACUUCUCUAUCAACCAGGUUGCGUCCAAUGUCUUUGACGAGCCCGACAAGCUCGCAGACUUUGCAGCCGCUGUAUCCUCUGGUGAGGUCGGAGAACUUCAAGACGUGCUUGAGAGUCUCGUUGUCGACGACCGUCUCCGCAAGGCCCUCCUCGUUCUCAAGAAAGAGCUUAUUAAUGCUCAGCUCCAGAGUAAACUCUCACGCGACGUGGAUAGCAAGAUUGCGAAGCGUCAACGCGAGUACUACCUGAUGGAGCAGCUCAAGGGGAUCAAAAAGGAGCUCGGUAUGGAAUCAGACGGGAAAGACAAGCUUAUUGAAAAAUUCAAGGAGCGUGCCACCUCGUUGAAGAUGCCAGAGGGCGUUCGAAAGGUCUUUGACGAGGAACUCAACAAAUUGAUGGGACUGGAACCUGCUGCUUCGGAGGCGAAUGUGACGCGCAAUUACCUCGAAUGGCUUACUCAAAUACCAUGGGGCCAGCACACACCUGAGAACUACUCCAUCACACACGCUCAGAAAGUUCUUGACGAAGACCAUUAUGGUCUGAAAGACGUUAAAGACCGCAUACUGGAAUUUCUUGCUGUGGGUAAGCUUCGGGGAACAGUCCAAGGCAAGAUCAUCUGCCUUGUUGGGCCUCCCGGCGUUGGCAAGACAUCUAUUGGUAAAUCAAUCGCCCGCGCGCUUAACAGACAAUUCUUCCGCUUCUCGGUCGGUGGCUUAACGGAUGUAGCAGAGAUCAAGGGCCACCGGAGGACGUAUGUUGGUGCGCUUCCUGGAAAGAUCAUCCAAGCGCUGAAGAGGGUAGGGACGGAAAAUCCGUUGGUCUUGAUUGAUGAGGUGGAUAAGAUCGGGAGAGGCAUCAAUGGUGAUCCUGCUAGCGCGCUGCUUGAGAUGUUGGACCCUGAACAGAACAACGGAUUCUUGGAUCACUACAUGGAUGUUCCCGUCGAUUUGUCCCGCGUUCUGUUCGUCUGCACAGCCAACAAUCUUGACACGAUCCCAGCACCUCUCCUCGACCGCAUGGAGGUCCUUGAAGUCAGCGGAUAUGUCUCCGAGGAGAAAUGCGUUAUUGCAGAAAAGUAUCUCGGACCACAGGCAAAGGAAGCGUCAGGCUUGAAGAACACCGACAUUGUCCUCGAACCCUCUACCGUUGAUGUGCUCAUCAAGUAUUACUGCCGAGAGAGUGGCGUGCGGAAUCUGAAGAAGCAUAUUGACAAGAUUUACCGGAAGGCUGCACUGAAACUCAUCCUCGACCUUGGCGAAACCGUCUUCCCUGAACCAUUUCCAGCUACGGCUGCCAGUACACCUGCUCCCUCGAGUGCUGCCGAUCCUCAGCCCAAGACUGUUGAGUCUCAAGAACCACCUGCCAACGAGCCUAAUAAGGUCGCAUCAGAGGAAAGUACACGCAAUGAAUCUAGCGACCACAAAAUUGUGACAACACAGGAACGCAAGCCACUACAGAUUCCUGAUGAUGUUCACGUUCGCAUCACACCAGAGAACCUGAAAGACUACGUUGGUCCGCCUGUCUAUCACAAAGACAGGAUGUACGUGUCUCCUCCACCUCCAGGUGUCAGCACUGGUCUAGGAUACUUGGGCAAUGGGUCGGGUGCUGUCAUGCCCGUCGAAGCUACUAGCAUGCCUGGUAAGGGUGGAUUGCAGUUGACUGGUAAACUCGGCGAAGUUAUUCGCGAGAGUGCGCAGAUUGGGCUUAGUUGGGUCAAGGCUCACGCAUACGAGCUUGGCAUCACUAAGACGCCCGAGGAACAAUUCCUCACGGACCGUGAUAUCCACGUUCACAUGCCUGAGGGCAGUAUUGGAAAAGAAGGUCCCAGUGCUGGGACUGCUAUCUUAUCGGCCUUUGUGUCUCUCUUUACCAAGACGAAGAUCCAUCCAGACAUCGCCAUGACUGGCGAGAUAUCGCUCGUCGGCCAAGUGCUUCCUGUCGGUGGUCUUAAGGAGAAGAUCUUAGCUGCUCAUCGUGCAGGUAUAAAGACCAUUCUAGCGCCCGCAGCGAACCGCGCCGACAUCGAAGAGAACGUCCCAGAAAGUGUCAAGACAGGAAUCCGCUUCGUAUAUGUCGAAGAUGUACGGGAAGUCCUGCACGAAGUUUUUCGAGGUCAAGAUAUUGUUGAGCGGUGGAAGGAUACGUUAUCGUUAUAG